GACGGUGGGAGAAGACAACAGAGGAGAAAACAAUCAGACUCCCGAUUUGGACUACCAAAAUAUUGCGACAGUGCGAUAUUACAUCUAACACAUCGCACAUUGAAUUCAUGCCAUCGUAGGGACUUGCCGUCCCCUUCGAAGCUGAGCACAAUGACUGCCGAGGAGAUCAUAAAUGUGAAGGAGGUGGAGAUCAUCAAAGUCAUCCUGGACUUCCUAAAUUCAAGGAAACUCCACAUCAGCAUGCUCGCCCUGGAGAAAGAGAGUGGUGUCAUCAAUGGCCUUUACUCUGACGACAUGCUUUUCCUCAGACAACUCAUUUUGGAUGGGCAGUGGGAUGAAGUCCUGCAGUUUAUUCAGCCCCUGGAGUGCAUGGACAAGUUUGACAAGAAAAGAUUCCGCUACAUUGUGUUGAAACAGAAGUUUCUGGAAGCCCUGUGUGUGAACAACGCCAUGUCUGCUGAGGACGAGCCACAGCAGCUGGAGUACACCAUGCAGGAGGCGGUGAAGUGUCUGCACGCGCUGGAGGAGUUCUGCCCGUCCAAAGACGACUACAGCAAGCUGUGCCUGUUGCUCACGCUGCCGCGCCUCACCCACCACGCCGAGUUCAAGGACUGGAACCCCAGCACGGCGCGCGUGCACUGCUUCGAGGAGGCCUGCGUCAUGGUGGCCGAGUUCAUCCCGGCCGACCGCAAGCUGAGCGAGGCGGGCUUCAAGGCCAGCGGCAACCGGCUCUUCCAGCUGCUCAUCAAGGGCGUGCUGUACGAGUGCUGCGUGGAGUUCUGCCAGAGUAAGGCCACGGGCGAGGAGAUCACCGAGGGCGAGGUGCUGCUGGGCAUCGACAUGCUGUGCGGUAACGGCUGCGACGACCUGGAUCUCAGCCUGCUCAGCUGGAUGCAGAACCUGUCGCACAGCGUCUUCUCCUGCGCCUUCGAGCAGAAGAUGCUGCAGAUCCACACGGACCGGCUGGUGAAGCCCGCCAAGGCCGCCUACGCCGAGCUGCUCACGCCGCUCAUCACCAAGCUCUCGCCGUACCCGGCCUCGCCGCUGCGGCGCCCACAGUCGGCCGACACGUACAUGUCGCGCUCGCUCAACCCGGCGCUGGACGGCCUGUCGUACGGGCUGGUGGGGCAGGACAAGCGGGGCGGGAGCGCUGGAGGAGGAGGCGGUGGUGGUGGAGGAGGUGGUGGGGGUGUUGGAGGCGGAGGAGGAGGUGGAGGAGGAGGACGGGGCGGUAUGUCGCCCAUGUCGCACUCGUUUGCCAACUUCCAGUAUCCAGGCGGGCAGGGCCUCAGCCGGAGCCUGCUCAUGGAGACGUCCGAGUGCCACAGCAUCUUCGAGGAGUCGCCCGAGAGCUCUCGGACCGACACCCCCUCGGACAAGAUGAUGAACUCUGCGGGACCCCAGAAGGAGCGUCCGGUCUCGGCCCCCGGAGAGGACGCCCCAACGCCAGAGAAGAACGAGCUGCGUAACUCCACAGAGCAGUUUGAGGAGUACUACCGCCAGCGGUUGCGCGUGCAGCAGCACCUGGAGCAGAAGCAGCAGCAGAGGCAGCUCUACCAGCAGAUGCUACUGGAGGGCGGUGUGCAGAACCAGGAGACACCGCCCAACGCCAAGCACAACCUCACAGAGACCUUCCUCAACAGGUCCAUCCAGAAGCUGGAGGAGCUGAACGUGGGCAUGGACGACCUGGGGGAGGACGUGCAGGCGCUGACCCAGCAGUGUAACGGCCAGGCGGGGGACUACGAGAGCAGCGGCGGGCCCCCCUCCCAGGACAGCUCCCUCUCCCAGGGGGACGUGGUGGUGUGCAGCACCCCACAGCGCACCGCACCUGGCACGCCGGCAGCAGCAGCGCCAGCAGCAGCAACCCCUGCGGGGAAGGGCAGAGGGGCUCCACCCAUCAACGAGUCACCCGUACGCUCCCCAAGCCUCCACAGAGAGAAGUCCAAGCCUGGUUCCGGCCUGGAGGACUCUGGGGGCCCAAAGACCCCCUCCAGAGAACCAGAGGGUGAGAAGGCCAAAGCCUCGUUUGUGGCCGUCAACACCCUGGAGGAUACGCAGGCGGUGCGCGCUGUCGCCUUCCACCCCACGGGGGCGCUGUACGCUGUGGGCUCCAACUCCAAAACACUCCGCGUGUGUGCCUACCCCGACACCCUGGACACCAGUGGUUCGGGUGGUUCCAAGCCCCCGGCGGUGCGCUUCAAGAGGAAUAAGCACCAUAAGGGCUCCAUCUACUGCGUAGCCUGGAGCCACUGUGGACAGCUGCUGGCUACCGGCUCCAACGACAAGUACGUCAAGGUGCUGCCCUUCAACCCAGAGACCUGCAACGCCACAGGUCCGGAUCUGGAGUUCAGCAUGCAUGACGGCACCAUUCGGGACCUGGCCUUCAUGGAGGGGCCCGAGAGCGGGGGGGCCAUCCUCAUCAGUGCCGGGGCCGGGGACUGCAACAUCUACACCACCGACUGCCAGAGGGGGCAGGGACUACACGCACUCAGCGGACACACAGGCCACAUCCUGUCUCUGUACACCUGGGGAGGCUGGAUGAUCGCGUCGGGCUCUCAGGACAAGACCGUGCGUUUCUGGGACCUGCGGGUGCCCAGCUGCGUGAGAGUGGUGGGGACAGGCUUCCAUGGCUCAGGUAGUCCAGUGGCCUCGGUUGCCGUGGACCCCAGCGGUCGUCUCCUGGCAACGGGUCAGGAGGACAGCUCGUGCAUGCUGUACGACAUCCGCGGGGGCCGCAUGGUGCAGACCUACCACCCCCACGCCAGCGACGUGCGCUCCGUACGCUUCUCCCCCGGGGCCCACUACCUGCUGACCGGCUCCUACGACACCAAGGUCGUGGUCACCGACCUACAGGGAGACCUGACUAAGCAGUUGCCCCUGACGACGGCGGGCGAGCACAAGGACAAGGUGAUCCAGUGCAGGUGGCACACGCACGACCUGUCCUUCGUCUCCUCCUCUGCAGACCGGACUGUCACCUUGUGGACACAGACCACCUAGGGGGAGAGGAGAGGAGACAAGAGGAGGAGGAGGAGGAGGAGGAGAAGAGAAGAGAAAAGAGAAGUGGAGAGACGGACUGUCACCUUGUGGACACAGAUUGCCUAUACUAGGGGGAGAGGAGAGGAGACAGGAGGAGGAGAAAGAGGAGAGAAGGGAAGAGAAGAGAAGAAGGGGGGAGAAGAAAACAGGAGAGGAUGGAGUGAAGAGAAGAAAAGAGGGAAUGAAGAGUAGAGGAGGAAAAUGAGAAGAUGAGAGUUGGGUAGAGGAGAGAAGAGAAGAGAAGGGGACAGGAAAGAAGAGAAAGGAGGAGGAAUGCCAGAACCAUAGCACGGCAUGGGGCAAUGUCCCUCCUUGCCACCAGGGGGAGGGAGUGCUCCGAGUUAACCAUAGAGCUCCAUAGAACUCCAUUGAACUCCAGUGCAGCAAUCCAACUCUCCCGUAGCAAUGGCAACGGGUUACUAGGAAUGUGUUUGUGAAUUCAGUAUGAGCCUGUGUGUGUGUGUGUGCGUGCGUGCGUGUGUGUGUGUGUGUGUGUGUGUGUGUGUGUGUGUGUGUGUGUGUGUGUUCGUACGUACGUAUGAUUGUCUGUGCGUGACAGAAUAUGUGUGUAUGGCAGUGUACUGUAGUCUCUGACCCUUUUGUGUUAAUUUAUUACAAUAGUCCAUGCACUCAUGAAAUGCUUGUAAAACUAAACAAGAAAUCGUUUGCCUGUUCUCCUGACCUAAAACUGUAUAUAUAUCUAUUGAGAAUUGCGAUAUUGUCCACAUGCUUACAUGCUAACCAGUUGUAUGAAUAUCAUUCCUACAGUUAGGCCUGCAACUCUUUCCUGUAUCCUAUAGUGUGUCAGAAGAAUGAGUAGUCCGGCACAUUCCAAUGUUUGCCUGUGUUUGAGGAAGUAAUGUACCGUAGUGUGGCACAGGAGACGGGUUUUAGUGCAAAUGUUACUCAGUGGGUGCCUUCUGAAUUUGGUUCCAGUUUUGUCCAUUUCAAAAGCUUUACUAAUAUAAUAGUGACACAGGGUAUGUUACCCUUCUGUGAGAGGUGUGUGUGUAUAUAUAUAUAUACUAUAUAUAUGCAUGUGUAUAUAAUACUGUAUAUGGAGCUGUCUGUAUAUCUCUGUGUGUGUGUGUGUGUGUGUGUGUGUGUGUGUGUGUGUGUGUGUGUGUGUGUGUGUGUGUGUGUGUGUGUGUGUGUGUGUGUGUGUGUGUGUGGGCGCGCACACGUUCGAGAGCAACUUUGUUUGUGUUGUCCAACCACAGUCUUGAGCUGUGAUAUACAGAGAAUCAAACCCAUUGACAUUUCCAGACACCGUACUAUACUGAACAGUACAUGCCCUCUAUGUAAAAUAGCAAAGAUGCCAGACCCCUCAUCUCAGCCAUUCCAUAUCCUGUUAGAGAGUUCUGGGAGCCAGAUCAAGGCGAUUGAGCUUAGCAUGGCAUGAACAUUGUACACGACACGACAUGACAUGACACGAUGUCAUCCAUUUAGGUUACCGUCAGUGCUGUACUGCUGUACUGUACUGGAGAAUGUGCAAAGCUGCUAUUAUGUCAACAUCAAGCGUCAUUUUCUAAUCAGUGGUGCAAGCUUCCUGUCUGUUAUACAGUUGGUCAGUCUUGAGUUGGGGAAAAACUCCAAAGGUUGGCGAUUGUGUACAUCACAGCCUGAGUCAUAUAUGCCUCUUUUCCACCGCCGGUUUUCUGGUACUGUAGGCCUAUAGUUUGACACAACCCGACUCGGCUGCAAGUUUUUGCUUUUUGAAAAGGCAUAACACAGCUCAAAGCAAAAGAAAAAAAUGGCGGUCGAGUCGCGCCGUGUCGGGCUGUAGGCCUACCAGAAAAACGGCAGUGGAAAAGAGGCAUUACUGUACCUGCAGUAGGAGAUUGAGGACAGCUGGACUCUGUAAAUAACGUGACGUAGAAAUGUUGUGGGUUGGAUGAUUGGAUAAGAUCUCAGAAUGUCUAGGUAUUCCAGAGUCACACACUGUAGUAAAGAUUGGAGACUGGAUGUUAUAACUCAGGCUGGAGGUGUACUGUAUGCGUACAUACAAGGUUGGAAACUGUAUGCUUUAUUCAGGCUCUCUGUUCAUGCUUCACAGGCCUGAUUUGUACGCUUAAAAGUUUGGCAGAUAGGUCCUAACUGACAGUUGUGUUGCGCUAUCUGAACAUGCUUUCAUCUGGUUUUGUUUUUUGAAUAAAUAUAUAUUUUAUUUUAUUGAUUUUUAGAUUAUGAACAAUGUGAAAAUGAGCAGUGUUAAAUAGUGUUCAGGGUGUAAAUUCUUGUGCGGUGGGAGUGAUCACUGUGCCCUUUGACAUGGCCUGCUCGCAUUUGGAGUUAGGAUGCCACAGAUGUACGUGCCGUAUGUAGAGCCAACUGAGUUAGGAUCACAUGUUUGAACAUUUCAGAGGCUCUCGUAGGAUAGCCUACACCUCGUAGAACUCUCUUGUCCCUACCGCUUGCUGAGGGUGUCAUAUGGGGACAUGGACUAAAUGUUAUUAUGGUCAGUCAUUGUCUUUGCAAAAGGGAACAAUUUUCUCUGACAAGCAUGUCAUUUAAAACUAAUUUGUAUUGAUGAUUUUUUUGUUUUCAUUUUAUGUUACUGUUGCACUUUCAUGUUUGUUUCCAAUGUACUAAUAUUUUAAGAAUUGUUAUAUUAUUUAAUUCUAUUUUUUCAUCAUGACACCAUUUAACAAAAUUGAUUUAUCUAAUGUAUAUUUAUUGUUUUAUUUUAACAUGGAUCGUAACAUUUUAGUUGUUUCUUGUUAGCUUUCCUACAGAUCUAUGUGAGCGGCACCCAGUGCUGUGAUGUGUGGCUGCUGCUGUGGAAGAGGAGUAAAGGCCUUUCUGUCACUCACCAU